GCAGCGCGGUGCCCUGUUCGGAGCUGUCUCAGAGUCCCUCGAAAGUCUCGUUUACGUAAAUGAAAUCGGAUUCGGAGGAUUGCCUGCUCGUCAAGAUUGAGAUCUAGUGCGCGCCACAAAUCAGGACCUAAGCCUUAAUUAAAUUCGGGCGAGUUAAUUGGCAGCCAAAGUGUGUGGAACUCGUAAUGAAGCCGCCAUUCAUCUGGCACUUAAUUUAAUUCUGUUUCGCUGAUCGCAUAGUUGUAAACCUUGAUUACUGCGCGGAAUCUGUAAAGAGCAACCUGAAAAUUACGCAGGACAAAGCGAGGAAAAUCCGGGAAAACUGGCCAGCUUCUGGCAACUAAAUUAACGGUUCAUUUGCUAAAUAUACGACGGACCCCCCCUCAAAAUUUCGACACUCAAUUUCAGUGCGUGAGGAGUGGGAGUGUGUGAGUGUGCCGCGAGUCCUGUAACAAAUUUCAUUUAUUCACUGAUUUGAAUAUUCACGCACACACCAAAGGACACUAGGCCAGAGAGCAAGUGAGUGCGUGUGUGGUGUGCUUCCGUGUAGCAACGUGUGUGUGUGUGUGUGUGCAGCAUGAUUUAUUGGUCCUGCAGCAGGCGUGAUGUAAAGUGACAAUUUCUGGUAAUUUUCGAUUUACAUGCCGCCGUGCAUAGGACAGCAGACCGAUUGCGACUUCGCCGAGUUGAAAGUUCAAUAGACCGACACACAGAAGAGGGUCAGCGUAACUAUAGCAAAGAUGCUGUUCAAGUGGCUGCUGUUCAGCCUGAGCAUAAUGCCGGCGAUGUUCAGCAACACGAGAAGGAAGUGCCCCAUUGAAUGUCAAUGCAGCAUGGACGAGUCGGAUCGUUACCAGGCCAUCUGCACAAAAGGUGGCCUAAAUUCCCUGCUCACACCCAACGAGCUGGACAUCGAUGUGAAGGUUAUCAUCAUCCGUGGGCCCAGGAACUCCAUUACCAUUGGACCGGCUCUCCGGCAGUUCAUGAAACUGGAGAUACUGCGCAUCACGGAAUCAAAUCUGCCGGCAAUCGGAGCCGAAUCGUUCUGGGGCCUCAAAUAUCUGCGUAUAUUAGAUCUGUCCAAGAACAAUAUAACCAACAUAACGGAGAACAACUUUCGGGGCCAGGAUAAUCUCAUUGAAUUGGAUUUAUCGAAAAAUAAAAUUUUACGCAUGGCCAGCUCAACUUUUCGCCAUUUGACGGAUUUGCGACGUCUUAAUUUGGCAGACAACUCGAUUGUGGAGCUCGUGCAGCGCAACUUCUUCAUGCUGAGCAGGCUCAAGUAUCUGGACCUGAGCGGAAAUCCGCUCCAGGAUUUACAGCCGGAUGUGUUUCGCGAUGUGCCGGAACUGAAAGUGCUCAAGUGCCGCAAUUGUCAGCUGAAAAAAAUCAAUCCGCAGAUGUACAAUUUAUUGCCGCUUUUAAGCGAAUUGGAUUUGGGACGCAACGAGUUCAAGUUCCUCGACAAGGACGAGUUUCGGGAUGUGAAGCGCCUCACCAAGGUCCUGCUGGAUGGCAAUCAAUUGUCCGUGGUGGUGGACCAACUCUUUCGCAUGCAGAAGAGUCUUAAUCAUUUGGAUUUAUCGUACAAUCGGCUGGCCAAAGUGCCCAACGAUUCGUUCCUGCAGCUGACCAAUUUGACAUUCCUGGACUUGUCCUACAACAAAUUGGUGCGUCUGGAGCCGCAGUCUAUAAGGAGUCUGAGCAAUCUGCUGACCCUCAAUAUAAGCGGAAAUGUGCAGAUGGAUCUCAGGGAGAUGCGCGACACCUUUGAGCUCAUACCCCAGCUAACCCAUCUGGCCAUUGCUGAUAUGGGCCAAAUGCCCAUUGGCCUGCUGCAUCCUUUCAAGCAGCUCAGGUAUCUGAAUAUAUCCGGCAAUUCCUUGAAUAACACGGCAUUGGAGGUCAUCGAUCCAUGUCGGGAGCUGGAGUUUUUGGAUUUAUCCCGGAAUCAAUUACACGGCAUCAGCGAGGACACUGCGCUCAGGAUCCAAGGCAUUCGCAACGUGCGCCUCGACAACAAUCCGCUGAUAUGCGAUGAAUGUCACAUGGGGAAAUUAAUAAAUGUCGUGCGCCAACUUCAGUGGAAGUGGGAUACGUAUCCCAUUUGCUUCCUGCCCAAGAGCCUGCGAGGCGCCGAAAUCAACAACCUGGACAUCAACGGGCUGCACACGUGCCUGACCUUCAUCACGGACGAGGAGCAAAAUGCAGCCAGCACAUCCUAUAACUUUCUUGAGCACGGCGGUCUCAAUACUCUGGCCAUUUUGGGUGGCAUCAUCUUUGUGCUAAUUGCCGUCAUUAUACUGUCCUUGGUGGCCUGCUUCUCGAAGAAUCGGGCUCGUUACUAUACCAGAGAGAAUCAUCUUAAUGGCAGCGAGAGCAAAUGCCUGGAAAAGAAUCUGGAGACGGCCACAAUUACCACGCUGGGCAAUGGCAGUUCACCGACCACGACCACCACACUGACCCUGGCCACCUCGCCGGCACAGGGCUCCUCCUCCACUGGAACCGGGCCAAAAUCAAAUGGACAGCAGCAGGCAAUGGGGCUGAGCCUGAGUCCUGCCAACGGCAGCACGCCGCUGCACGGGGUCUCCGAGGACAGCGGCAAGGAAAUCAACUUCACCUUCCCCGUCGAUGAUCGUGUCUGCACAAUUGACGAGAUGAUGCUGCCUCCGGCACCACCGCCGCCCCAACAUCAGCAGCAUCCCAGCAUGGGUAGCCUCAUGUACAGCGUCUCACACUCGCCGGGCUCGGCCACGACCAUGGCUGCGGUGGCGGCCGCGGCCACCCUGCUUCCGCCAGGAGCUCCCUCGCCCAUGCCCACGCCCACUCCAAUUCCCACGCCCGCGGAGGCUGUGGUGGUGGUGCUGCCACCACCGCCGCCCAUGCACCGCCAGAUGGAGGGCAGCCUGGCCAGCCUGCGGGAGGUGCAGCAGCAGCUGGUGCAUCUGAGCAGCACGCUGGAGCCGCUGGUCAGCGUUAACUGACCCAGGGGAGGUGGAGUCACUUCCUCAGCAGCCGCAGCCUCAGUUUUGGGUCGAGUGAACACGACGCCGACGUAAGCCGCAGGAGAGUUGGACUGCGGGGCGUAUACUUGCUGCCGCCGGCGGACGGGGCGUAUAAUUAAUGGCAAUGCGGGGUCACAUCGAAGUAAUGCAGUAAUUAGGAUUUGAGUUCGCAAUUAAGUUCAUUAAUCACUCCAGACUGGAGUCCCGGAGCCUACUCCCCAGUCUGCUCCUCCAGUCGCUAUCAUCAUCUAAAAUGGCCUGGGACGCGGCCCAAUCAAUUCCGAACUGCCAUUCUCACAAUUAAAUAACUUUACCAGGCGUUUCACUAAGAUACUUGUAAUUGGUAAUUUAAUUUUAAUCAUUUUUAUAUGCGCAUCUGUAUAUAAAAGCCGACCCACGAAUAAUUUCACACAUUUCAAAUGUGAUAAACAAAAAAAAUUAAACAAAAAAAAAAAUUAAAAAACAAGGACAAAACAAACCAAGUGUAUUCUGUAAAUAAGUAUUAAGGCAAGCGAACCAUAAAAUAAACACAAAAAACUGAGUGUUCAUGGAAAAAAUAAACAAAUUGUAUAUUUGGCAAAUGCGAUUCAAAAUUGAGCAGCCGCUGUUUGAGAAUUUAAAGAUUAAACAUUUAAAAAAAAUAGCACGUAGUUAGUGGCAUAGAUUUCCCAGACACAUUAAAAAACUAUAUAUAUGGUAUAUAUAUAAAAUUAGAUGAUAAGGCAUGGAUCCCUUCCUAGAAACCCAAACGAUUUUGUGUUAUCCAUUACCCAGAAAAACUCAUCGAAUCAAUAACAGAACUUGGCAUUUUUACGUAAACUUAAGUCGGAUAAAUUGUAUUUAUUUUACACAGCAAUAACCGUAAUCCAUAAUAAAGUGUGACUGUUUAUGAAACCAAAAAAACCAAAAA